AUGACAAAAAUGUCCAACCUUAUUCUAACUCUAAUCCUGUCGCUUGUCUUCUGUAGUAUAACCUGUCUGGGAAGCUGGACAGAAAAGAGAGCAGAGAGAUCCACAAAGGAGACAGAAGGAGACAAAGCUGGUUUAGAGGCAGCAGGGAGAAGUACAAGUGAAGUUAAAGGUUAUGGAAGAGCACAAGAAGAUUAUGGAAGUGUGGGAGAAUGGAGUUAUUGGGUCAAAGAAUGUGAGUGACGACGGGAGCUAGAGAGGCAGGGGUCAGAGGAGGAAACCUACUUUUGGACUUAUUUGGAUAAGGGUGAGAUUUGUGUACUGGAUACAGCAAGUAAAUGAACAGGGGUAGACAAUAAACAAACUGAUGGGACUAAAUAUGACAGAACAAUGCUCAAAGUUCAUUCAGUUAGUCGGAAUGGUAAAAUUGAAAUCGUUUUUCCAAAAGAAAAACAUAACAAAGAAAUAAAAUAUAACAUAUCUGAUACUUCCCAGUUAUUUUUUUAUUAUGGAGAAGAUUCAAAAAUUGAAGUAUCUACAGCUCAAUUCCGUAAUCUAGAACUUAAUAAACAAAAAGUCAAAACCCAUUCUUAUUUUUUUUGGUCCAUAAUGCUACUUCUGAGUCUUUGUAUUUUAACAGGAUUUAUUAUCGCUAUUGUUUGGAUAUUUCUCACUUUAAUUGGCUUCAACUCAAGACUUGUCAUGUGGAGAGUAAACAAAUUCAAUUCUGAACAACAAAAGCGUUCAGUAUCAGAGAAACAGAACUAUGAAGACGAAUCAACUGAAGCUCCAAAUGAUGAAGAAUCUAAUCGUAGUGAGAUAAAGGUCCAACAAGGAACAGAUUUACCCUAUAGUUCAUCCCAAAGUGAGACAAAUUGAACGUCUACUCUGAAAAAUCCUGGGCUUGGACUUGCCACAAAUAUAUUUCUGUCUGCAAUCAAAGAGAAAGCUUUUAACAAAACUGGCAAUAAUGAUUUAGCAAAUAAUGAAAAGUAAUUCAACA